UCUCAAUUCAGUCUCUCUUUGGAGCCCAAAGAAGGAAAGAAGUGUAGCGACUCUCGGUCUCCUCUCGCUUCAACGCCUCUCUCAAAACCCUAGAAAAAACACUCCAAAAGCCGCUUCACCGGUACGAUUUCUGCUCAUAUAUUCCGAUUUCGAUUCCGGUUAUUGGUCUAGUGGAAGAUGGAGAAAGUAGGUGUUUCUCAGGAAGCUGGUGGCACCCUACCUUUGCCCCCACCACCUCCAACUCUACCACCCAAUCUAAAGCCAGAACAACUGGUCACUCCCAAGUAUUCAAUUACCAGCAGGAGUGGGGUUGGGAGUACUGGACGGAAAAUAUCUUUGCUAACGAACCACUUUAAAGUUUCUGUCAAUUCUCCAGAUGCUGUAUUUUACCAGUACACUGUUUCUAUUACUUCAGAAGAUAAUAGAGCUGUUGAAGGCAAGGGAAUAGGGAGAAAACUAGUUGAUAGGCUUCACCAAACUUACUCUUCUGAGCUUUCCGGAAAAAUGUUUGCAUAUGACGGGGAGAAAAGUCUCUACACUGUUGGUCCUCUGCCACAAAACAAGUCUGAGUUCCAAGUGGUGCUUGAGGAGUCAUUUGGAAAACGUAGCGAAACUGUGAUUCCUGAUGACUGUCAGAGCCCCAGUGGGACUGGUAAAAAGUCAAAGCGUUCUUUUCGGUCAAAUACCUUUAAGGUGGAGCUUGGUUAUGCUGCCAAAAUACCCUUGAGGUCCAUUGCUCUUGCCCUCAAAGGAGCAGAUGCAGAUAAUAAUUCUCAGGAUGCUUUGAGAGUCCUCGAUAUUAUACUUAGGCAGCAAGCAGCGAACAGGGGUUGCCUUUUGGUAAGACAAUCGUUUUUUCACGACGACUCAAGGAACUUAACUGAUGUUGGAGGAGGAGUAAAUGGGCUUUGGGGGUUCCAUUCCAGCUUUCGUCCGACUCAAGGGGGUUUGUCUCUUAAUAUGGAUGUGUCAACAACAAUGAUAAUAAAACCUGGUCCUGUGAUUGACUUCCUUUUAGCUAACCAAAAUGUGCGUGAUCCUCGCUAUGUGGAUUGGUUAAAGGCUAAGAGAAUGCUUAAAAAUCUUAGGGUUAAGGCGAGACACCGAAACAUGGAAUUUAAAAUCAUUGGCCUGAGUGAGAAGCCCUGCAAUCAGCAAUACUUUUCAAUGAAAGUGAGAAAUGGUGAUGGUGGAGAUGAAGGGCAAACUAGGGACAUUACUGUGUAUGAUUAUUUCACUAGAUUCUGUGGCAUAGAACUCGAGUAUUCUUCAUACCUGCCAUGCCUUGAUGUUGGCAAGCCCAAGCGGCCCAACUAUCUACCUCUGGAGCUCUGCUCGCUAAUUUCGCUUCAACGGUACACAAAAUCAUUAUCCUCGAUGCAGAGGGCAUCUUUAGUUGAAAAAUCUAGACAGAAGCCUCAGGAAAGAAUACGUACUCUGACUGAUGCUGUGAAAAACUACCGGUAUGAUGAUGACCCUGUGCUUACUGAGUGUCGUAUUUCUAUUGAGAAACAAUUGACACAGGUUGAUGGCCGUGUUCUAGAGGCUCCAAAGUUGAAGGUUGGCAACAAUGAAGAUUGCAUCCCUCGAAAUGGGCGCUGGAAUUUCAAUAACAAGAAACUUUGGAAACCCACAAAGAUUGAACGUUGGGUUCUUGUAAACUUCUCUGCUCGCUGUGAUACCAGUUAUAUUUCACGGGAGCUUAUCACCUGUGGAAGGAACAAGGGCAUUCAUAUUGAACGCCCUUUUACAUUAAUUGAAGAAGAUGCCCAAUCUAGAAAUGCAAGCCCUGUUGUAAGGGUAGAAAAGAUGUUCGAGCUUAUUAAAGCAAAACUUCCUGGUCCACCGGAAUUCAUCCUUUGUGUUUUGCCAGAGAGGAAAAACUCCGAAAUUUAUGGGCCCUGGAAGAAGAAAAGUCUAAGUGACUUUGGCAUAGUCACACAAUGCAUUUCCCCGGCUAAGGUUAAUGAUCAGUACCUCACUAAUGUGCUUCUUAAAAUCAACACCAAGCUUGGUGGAAUAAAUUCUUUGUUGGCCAUAGAGAACUCCUCACGUAUUCCUCUGAUAACUGAUACUCCUACAAUGAUUUUGGGAAUGGAUGUUUCACAUGGGUCUCCUGGUCGAUCAGAUAUCCCAUCUAUUGCUGCGGUUGUUGGCUCUCGAUGUUGGCCACUCAUUUCAAGGUAUAGGGCAUCUGUAAGAGCGCAAUCGCCUAAAGUGGAGAUGGUUGAUGCUUUAUACAAGCCUUUGGCUGAUGGAUCUGAUGAUGGCAUCAUAAGGGAACUGCUUGUGGACUUCUUUCAAACGAGCGGUAAACGAAAACCUAGUCAGAUUAUUCUAUUCAGGGAUGGAGUGAGCGAAUCACAGUUUAACCAGGUUUUGAACAUCGAGCUGGAUCAAAUCAUUAAGGCAUACCAGCAUCUUGGGGAAGUUGACAUUCCCAAGUUCACAGUGAUUGUAGCUCAGAAGAAUCACCACACAAAGCUUUUUCAAGCUGGUGCCCCCGAAAAUGUUCCACCUGGGACUGUUGUGGACACAAAAAUUGUGCACCCAAGGAACUAUGAUUUCUACAUGUGUGCUCAAGCAGGGAUGAUUGGAACUUCUAGGCCAGCACACUAUCAUGUCUUGGUUGAUGAGAUUGGUUUCUCUCCUGAUGAGUUGCAAAAUCUGAUCCAUUCACUAUCAUAUGUGUACCAAAGGAGUACUACUGCAAUUUCAAUUGUGGCACCGGUGUGUUAUGCCCACCUUGCUGCAUAUCAAAUGGGACAGUUUAUGAAGUUUGAAGACCUCUCAGAAACCUCUUCAGGAAAUGUCACUUCUGUGGGUGGUGCCCCCAUUCCAGAGCUCCCUAGGUUGCACGAGAAAGUCCGGAGUUCGAUGUUCUUCUGUUGAGUUAGUGCUGACAGAUUUUGGUAAAUACCGCUAAUUUUAUACGAUUUUUUGUCAUCGUAGAAAGGCAUAGGUUUAUACGCGUAGACAGGCAACCCCAGUUAUCUUCAGACGGGGUGGAGAUAGGUACACUGAUGCAGAAGCAACCUUUUGGUUUAGUUAUCGACAAGUUCAGCUAUUUAGAACAAUGGAUUCAAUAUUUGUAAUUAACUAGUUUUUGCGUAUUUUGAAGGCAUUAUCCGGACCAUCUUAAUUUAUGAAAAAUAUGUUUGUUA